UUCUCUUUCACUCACCUCUCAUUCGAGAUGGAUGCUUUCUGGGCGGCACCUCCGGUGUCUCGAACGAUCACGGCCUUGACUCUCGUUCAAUCGGUUCUGGUUCAUGGCGGCCUUCUCAGUGGAUAUUAUGUUGUCUUUCUGCCAAGGCUGCUGUGGAAGCUACCUCCCCAGAUCUGGCGUCUGGUCUCAUCGUUCAUGCUAACCGGCGGCAAUAUCGCGUUCAUCUUUGAUCUCUAUUUCAUGUACUAUUAUGGCAGUUCUCUGGAAACCGCGUCGCCUCGGUUCACCCAGCCAGAAGAUUUCUUCACCUAUCUGGUCUUUGUAGCCUCUGUGAUCUUGGUAAGUGACUCGCUUGAACCGGGAUUUAUCUCGAGAGAGUCUGGUUUUCGUUUUCUGUUUUAUUGCUUGCCUUUCCUUUUCAUUCAAACACCUCGCAUUAUCUGCCCGCCCAGCCAAAAACUAGCUGAAGCGCUCACUUCAGGCUGUCUCCUCGGCAAUGUGCUCUUCACUUCCGCUCUCAUCAUGGCGAUGGUCUACACCUACUCCCAGGAUAACCGCGGCAAGAGGGCGACGUUCAUCAUCAUUCCAAUGCCUGUCGAGUAUCUGCCCUUCGCGAUGCUUGCGUUCACUUUGGUUAUGUAUGGCCUGCCUGCAGCAUUAGCUGAGGGCAUGGGUAUUUUCGCCGCUCAUCUCUACGACUUCAUCACGCGCAUCUAUCCCACCUUCGGAGGCGGCCGUAACUGGAUCAAACCCCCGGGCUUUGUGCGUCGAUACUUCCGCGGGGUCACCUCGAACCCCACCGUUCGCCCAUAUGGGACAGCUUUCCGUCAGCCUGCAUCGCAGCCUGAGCCGUCGACGGCGGCGGCGUCGUCGUCGUCCUCUGGUGGUGGAUGGGCCUCGGCGUUCCAGCGGACCCCGGAUUCUUGGAGUGGUCGGGGUGCUGGACGACGACUUGGCUGA